UUCUGUAUCUGCGUUCGACGAGUCUUGCCGUCGAGUGUGUGUGUGAUUCUUCUUUCUUAUUCACUAUCGUUUAAUACUACCCCUCGUUACGUUCAGUGAAGGCAGCGCGGCCUACCCCUACCCAACCGCGAUAAUUGAACGCCAUCCCAGCCAUCAAGGGCAAAGAGACAGAACUCAAUCGCUACUGACACUCGCUACAUCUAUUCCACGGUCUGCGACGACCGCAUACCCCCAUCUUUGACCGUCUUUGCGAUACCAUCGUGCACGGAAGGAGGCGCCCAGCACCCAGCCGCACACCAUGAGCUUCGUCAACAACUCGCGCAUGUCGGUGUACUCGACUGCCUCGACGAAUGCACCGCGUGCCGCCACCUCGGCCACGCAGGUGUCCACUACCACGUUGCUGAACACGCUCAAUUCGGCAUACAAGAGUGGCCAGCCAUACAGUCUCGAGCCCAGCACAAGUCUGGUUGUCAACACGUGGGUCAAUGCGAAGACGAUGGAGAACGGCCGCAUUGGUGGCACCGUCGACCUCGAGCUUGUCCGAAAGGCAUAUGAGCACGCUCGUCGACGAGUCGAGGACGGCACUGUCGUGUUGAGCUCGCUCCACGAGUCCACCCCCUCGUUGUUCGCUCCCACUAUCUCAGGGUUGCCAGUGUCCCUGCCCGACAGCUUCUAUGUCGCGCUCGAGGCACUCAAGCCCUUCACACACUGCGUCACGCCACAGAAUCCUUCUGCCCCACGCUACUCCGCCCUCGCCGCCGUCUUCACCAUCGAUGUUCUCGGCGAGUGCAGGGGGGCUGAGAUCAAGCUCUCUACCGCUGGACUCGACACAACGCAAGGCCUCCUGCAGGUUCCCGCGCACACCGGCUACCGCGCAUUCGAUGUCUUCUACUAUCUGAACUCGAGCUCAGCUAGCAAGCAGGAGCGCGACAUCCUCGACAUCCAGUCUCUCGACAAGUACUCGCUACUCAACCGCUCCGGCACCUACGAUCCUCCCUCCUUCCUACCCGACGCCGACGAUGCCGCAGCAGCCGAAGACUUCCGCGCAAACCUCAAGAACAUUGGUAUCAAGGGGCAAAAGCUGCGCGAUGUGAUCAGCUCUCUGACCGCGUUGCUAAAGCUGGGCAACACCUUGGACUACUUCCUUGACGAGAAGAAGCUGGAUGCAGCAUGCCAAGACUGCGGUUCGCUCCUCGACAUCUCGCCGGACAUGUUCAAGCAGCAGCUUGGCUCGAACGAGCGAGAAGCUGCUAUUGGCGGUAUCUAUGAAGCCAUCGUCGACUACGUUCUUACACAAGCCAACGCCACUAUUAAGAACGACAUCAGGAAGGCCCGCACUGGAUUCUCCUCGACCGAUAGCGAUGCUAGCCCAGGCGUUAUGACACCCGACUCGGAGGUUGACGGCAUGGACCUGGUGAACAUCACGAUUGUCGAGAUCCCAAGCCGUAGUAUCGGCAAGGCCAUUGCUCUGCGAACCGUUUUUGAUGACACAGAGGGCAUCAACGCGGAGAUGAAGGCCGACGGCGUGCAGAUGUCGCCUGCUGGCAACUCCGUGCUCGAGAGCAUGAGGGAUGCUGUCCAGAGCUGUGAGGCUGAUCUCGGAAUCGAUGGUGCUGCGCUCCGCGAGCACGAGUCUGAGCUUGAGAGGCGUGAGGCCGUGCUUGACAAGAUUGCAGUCGACGCUGAGGAGGGCAACUUCGUCAGGAAGCUUCUCUACCCCAUACCGCAAAGUGGCAUCGUACUGGGCAAGCACAACCGUCUCGACCUGCCCAUGACUGUGGCCAGCAGCAGAGUCUGGUUCCAGUUGGCCAUCCACCCCACUGAUGUUGUUCCCAGCUCGGUCGCCCAAGAUCUCAACUCUACGUGGCAGGCUGGUGUGGUCUCGCGCCAGCUCCGCGAGUGGCGCUUGGCAGAGUGGGCAAACCGCCGCAACCGUUACCUCGACUUCACCGCCGACUUCGACGUACACGAGUUCUACGAGCGUUACGCAGCUCUAGGCUGCAUGGACGGGAAGGACGGCAUCACGAACUGGACACUGCAGCGAGGUUGGAGCAAUGGCGAAGUCGUCGUUGGCAACGAGCGCAUCUGGAUGAGGGAAGGCACAUGGUGGGAGGCUGAGUCCCAGCUUGAGCAGCUGAACGGAAACCAGGGUAUGAACGCAGGCAUGUUGGGUGGUAUGGUCGGAGCUGGCGGCCUCGAGAGCGGUUACCCUGCUCAGGCACCUCCUAGCAUGGCCGGCAGCGGCUUCUUCCCACCUCUUCCGGAACAGCAGCCUCAGAACCCUUUCCAGAGCACGCCUAGCCUGGCACUGCCCGCAGACGCGAAGUCUGUGGCACCUACGACAGCCGCCGUGCCCACGACUGGAGCUGGUGACUAUGGCCUCGGCUCCAAGGGUGAUGAGAGUAAGGGCGUUACCUACUACGACGCUGAAACUGGUGGCAACUCCAUGGUCACCGAGAUGCCCAUUACAGCGACUCGGCGCAUUUGGAUCGCCUUUGUGUGGGCAGUGACAUGCUUCAUACCCUCACCUCUUCUGAAGUGGGUUGGUCGUAUGAAGCGACCAGAUGUCCGUAUGGCCUGGAGAGAGAAGUUCGUUCUUGUCUUCUUGAUCCUCCUGCUCAACGGAGCCAUUGUCUUCUACAUCGUCGCCUUCGGCAAGCUUCUGUGUCCCAACAAGGACAAGGUCUGGAGCCGAACUGAAGUUUCCACUCAUCAGGGUGAAGACGAUUACUACGUCAGCCACCACGGUGUAGUGUACGACCUGUCGUCCUUCUGGAAGAAACAGCACAGCGACUCCAACACCGAGGCUUCUCGAACCAACAUGAUCGAAUUUGCUGGUUAUGACAUGGACCCCUACAUUAUGCCGCCACUGUAUCUUGCCUGCCCGAAUUUGAUUGAGGACUCCACGCGCAAUGAACAGUUGUACCUGACAUCUAACACCACCAUCACCAACUCCUUGGGUGUUCACAAGUCUGGAUCGCAGACCAACUUGGCUGACAGCGCCGCUUUGAAGAAGGAGGACUGGUACCCGAAUGUCUUCCUGCCUGCGAUCAAGGAAUUUCGAAAGGGCGACCUUGUCUGGGAUUCAAAGAAGAUUAAGGACGAAGGCGAGGAUGAGAAUCACAUGUGGUUCACAUUCGGUGAUGAUGUUUACGACCUGACGGAUUACUUCAAGACUCUUGACGUCAACAACGACGGCUCCGAGUACCAGUUCCUCGACUCCAAGUUCACUGACCUCGUCAAAAGCAAUGCUGGAACCGAUCUUAAGGAAGAAUUCGAGAACAACCUGAACUCCACCGCCCAAGCCUACAACCUUCAGUGUCUGAAGAACGCCUUCUACGUUGGCAAGACCGACUUCCGAAAGAGUGCCAAGUGCCGAGUCAACGACUACAUCCUGCUUGCGGUCACCAUCGUACUCUGCUCCGUUAUCGUCAUCAAGUUCUUGGCCGCGUUACAGCUUGGAUCGCGCAAGCGCCCAGCCAACCAGGACAAGUUCGUCAUCUGCCACGUUCCUGCGUACACGGAAGGAGAGGAGCACAUUCGAAAGGGCCUUGACUCACUGACUGCUCUCGCCUAUGAUAACAAGCGCAAGCUCAUUUGCGUUGUUUGCGACGGAAUGAUCGUCGGAGGUGGUAAUGAUCGCCCUACACCCAAGAUUGUGCUGGAUAUUCUCGGUGUCGAUCCCAAGGUUGACCCUCCUGCUCUUCCGUUCUGGUCUGUCGGUGAAGGCAGUCAACAGCUCAACUACGGCAAGGUCUACUCCGGCCUCUACGAGUUUGAAGGCAACGUUGUUCCAUACAUCGUCGUUGUCAAAAUGGGCAAGGAGUCUGAGCAGUCCAAGAGCAAGCCUGGUAACCGCGGUAAGCGUGAUUCUCAGAUCUUGCUCAUGAGCUUCCUCAACCGUGUCCACCACCGCGCUCAGAUGAAUCCUCUCGAAUUGGAGAUGUUCCACCAGAUCAACAACAUCAUCGGUGUGGAUCCUGAGCUCUAUGAAUACAUGCUCAUGGUCGACGCCGAUACUAUGGUCAGGCCUGAUGCUCUUAACCGCCUCGUAGCAAGCUGUGCCAACGACUCCAAGAUCGCCGGUAUCUGUGGUGAGACCAGUCUUGAAAACGAAGAGAAAUCCUGGUGGACAAUGAUCCAGGUUUACGAGUACUACAUCUCCCAUCAUCUUGCCAAGGCCUUCGAAAGCUUGUUCGGCAGUGUCACCUGUUUGCCUGGAUGUUUCUGCAUGUACCGUCUGCGAACAGCUGACAAGGGCAAGCCUCUCAUCAUCUCCGACAAGGUCAUCAAGGACUACGCCGACUGUGUUGUCGAUACUUUGCACAAGAAGAACCUGCUCUCGCUCGGUGAGGAUCGUUACUUGACGACCUUGAUGACGAAGCACUUCCCGACCAUGUCGUACAAGUUCAUUCCUGACGCCUACGCUCUUACGGCUGCCCCGGAGACAUGGAGCAUUCUGCUCUCGCAGAGACGUCGCUGGAUCAACUCGACCAUCCACAACCUGGCUGAACUUGUUUUCAUCAAGGACCUCUGCGGCUUCUGUUGUUUCUCCAUGCGUUUCGUCGUCUUCAUCGAUCUGUUUGGUACUCUCGCCCUCCCCUCGAUCUGCGCCUACCUCGUCUACCUGAUCUACAUGGUUGCUUCCGGCACGGGUCAAUUCCCGUUGAUCUCGAUUGUUAUGCUUGCCGGUGUCUACGGUCUGCAGGCUCUAAUCUUCAUCAUCAAGCGUCAGUGGCAACACAUUGGAUGGAUGCUGAUCUACCUUAUGGCUUUCCCCAUCUACUCGCUGGUUCUGCCUCUUUACUCCUUCUGGAAGCAAGACGACUUCUCGUGGGGUAACACCCGUGUCGUCAUUGGCGAGAAGGGCCAGAAGAAGGCCGUGCUCACGGAAGACGAGGGCUUCGACCCGAAAUCUAUUCCAAUGAUGCGAUGGGACGAGUACGCUGAGCGCAACGAGCUUCCUGGUCGCCGUGGCCUGCCUGGUCAGACCUCGGAGAAGGGCGGUUUCAGCGCUUACGAGGACGACACUUAUGAGAUGAACGACAUGCAAUCCGUCUACUCGUCGGUCAAGCCUGCGUCGACCAUCAUGUCCAACAUGCACCACAUCUCUCACAUGCCACCUCAGUCGCCAGGCCCCUACCAGGGCAUGCAGACGCGCCAGUCGACCUACUCAAACUUCUCGCGCUACCAGGACCACCCACCCCAGAACCCUCACCAGAGCCGCCUCAUGUCUAUGGGUGGUAUGAGCGAUCAGUACGAUGCGUCACCCUACGGCAACCGUCCUAGCGUGGGUGGCUUCCAGAGCUCAGAUAACCUCAUGGCCUCCACACCGCCAAUCCGCGGACGCAGCCCUCUUGGGUACGGUCAAUCGCGCCCUGGCAGCACAGUCAACUUCCAGAACAUGAUGAACGGCCCCAGCGACCAGACUAUCGUCGAAGUCGUUCGAACAUGCCUGCGGGAGGGCGACCUCGACUCGAUGACUAAGAAGCAGCUCGUCGCGCUCGCUGAGCAGAGGCUGCAGACACAACUGACUGGCGAGAGGAAGAUCUUCCUCAAUCAGACCAUCGACACGGAGCUGUCCCUGAUGGGUUAGAGCUCUACGU